GUCGCCAUUAUGACGAUUUGCGCGUCAGCCUCUUUCCAAUCUCGAUGAUGGAUCCUGUUUGCACUUUUGCGGAGAAAGGAGAAAUCAGGAAAUCUGCUGUCUUUGAUUCUAGAUACUUAUUUAAAAAUAUUCUAUCUUCUGGUGGAGUUUUUCUGUAUCCUUCUCUCUACAUCUUCAUUCCAACACUUUCUUCCCUCCUCCCAUUUACACUUUGAUCUUUAUUCCCGGGCCGCAAUAUGUCGUCAUCAUCCGCUGAGCAGAGAAGCGAUCUCGAGGAGGAGCAGCUCGAGCAGGAGAAGCCCGUGCGAAAGACAAAGACCAAGAAGCAAAAGUCCGAGCGACGCAAGCGACGCGCCCGAUUCGAAGACUACGAUGACGAGCAGGACAACAGCCAGAUGACCCAGAGCAAUUACAACGCUCAGCAGCAGCAGUUGCAGCAACAGCAAAUGCAGCAGCAACAACAGCAACAGAUGCAGCAGCAGCAGCAACAGGGCGGUGGUGGAAAGAGUGAUGCCCUCUCCCUGCACCUUGAAUUGAACCUUGAGAUUGAGAUUCAGCUCAAGGCGAGAAUCCACGGUGAUCUUACUCUUUGCUUGCUGAACUAAAUAACGACUAUGGCCUUAAGGUUGUUGUUAAUAUCGGAAAACAAUGAAUGACAUAUGACUUCAGUUGGCGGCGUUGGGGCUCCAUUUGCAUUUCCUUGGGUAUCUACACAUAUUAUGUUCAACAGUAUUCUUUGACAUGUCUCAGACAUUGUCUGUCUAUUUUAUAUACUUAUUACCAUUUUGAACGUCGUUUUUCCCUGAAGCUAGUGACCGUUGAACGCCCGGACGUUGACUAGCCUCAAGAUAGCCUCAGAUUUGCGAUGUUAGUUCUGAAACCACCCAAGGAUCGGCUAGUGCUGCUAAUCAAGGUCUGAUCUUCAGGCCCAUUGAAGUUCUAGCCAGACUGUACGUAGCCGCACAGCCACGUAAGCCUCCGUCAUCUUGCACGCGACAGCCCCACUCGCGUCACCGUGGUAUUUUAUGAUAGUGGAGAUGCAUUCAUCAUCAUGAUUGAUGCUGAUAAGGAUUAAGGUGAACAAGCAGGAAACAAUUAUAUGACAAGGCAUAUAUGAUGGUUUUAUUACUACAUCUUUUUAAGAGUGUUAAGGUUUACAAUUAACACUUACUACCGUCAAUAGCUGCUCCGCAUUAUCAUCGUAGGACUUAUCUCUUUUGAGAAUAUUCGACAUACCCUGCAUCACAAGCUGUGAUGCCAUUGCCGAAUCAAUAGUGCUUGGUCACUGUUUCAUUUCAUUGAUUUAACCACGAUCAUCUCAGUAUUCGGGAAACAUUCUAGAGUGAUAACAGGUUACCUCGUGAUGGCUAGUUUCAACAAGCCUCGCCCAGAAAAUAGUUAACUGAUUCAUUAUUGAAGCUCAUGAUGUCUCAGUGAGAAAUUUCAUGUUAAGAAGUCAUCCUCAGCCAAUUACUAACCGAUGCGAUAUCUUCUGAUCUUGGAGAAAUCUGUGGAAGAGGCCAAAGUCUUGAAUAUUUUCUUCUAAUUUCAUAACUUGUGGGUAAU